GUUAAUUACUAUGAUAAAUCACGUUUUCAGUUUAUAUAGGAAUUUGAUUCUAGUCUAGCAAUUUCAAACUCAUAACUGUAAUGUAACAGAUUUCCCAUAUGAGAAAUGUAAACUUUGAGAGUUUACAGAAAUAAAUCUGAUGACCAGUUAUUGUAUGCAUGAAUAUGUUUCUUGUCACACACCUUGUGACGAUUAGAUUAGCAGUGAUUACGAACGAGAAGCGGACCAUCCUCCAUUGGGAGUAACAGGCGUCAGUAAAUAAACUUUUCGGACGACCUAACUAUUCUAUACCAUACAGAGCAAAAAAUAAGUGUGAGGAAAACAUCAAACUAAUUCACAAGUCAAGCUUAAACAUGGAGUUCUCAAGCCAAAAAAAAUUGGACAGACCAAAGAACACAAUGCAAUGGAAAUCGGGAGCAGAAAUAUAGGGGUGAACAGGACGUGACAACAACUGGAAAGGAGAAUUCAGGACAUAGUUGGUAACAGACACCGGAUUCUUAGUUCAUACUACAAUUCAAAUAAUUCGAAAUUUCGAAUUGGCGUCGCGAUGGAGCCUGUGAUGGAAUUGUUGGAUAUACAUUCAAAUUUUGGUGCUUUUGAGGAUUAUUUUGAAAGGUUCGAAAUCUGGGCUAUGACCAAGGAAGAUGCUGAGGAUGUUAAUAUUGUGGCAUAUUUCCUCACAUUCAUCGGAAAAGAAGCAUACAGCUUAUUAGGAACUCUGGCUGUCCGAGAAAAGCCUAUCUCGCUUCCUUAUACAACUCUCAAGGAACUGCUGCUAGAUUAUGCUUCGUUCGCACGUACUCCACUUUCCUGUUUUCGCUUAUGUCAUUUGUUGACACGAUCUUGGUAUUCGUUCGAUACCACGAGAUCGCCAACGAAAUAAAUCUGGUUACGUUCAACCUUCGCCUUCUGAUUUCUUUGGCACGUGUUUCUUGGUAGCGGUGUUCAUAGUCAAUUGGGACUGGACGCCACGCUACACUCAAGGCUAUGCAGAUAAUUCAUUGAGGAGUUGCAAUGCGUUUCACGAAGAUGGGCACACGUUUGGUCAAUAUUUGUUUUGUGGCAAAUUCCACUCUUUUAAUUCAUGUAAAUUUCGUAAUCCUAAGUGCCUUAAAUAUGGUGAUAUUGGAUACAUUCAGUCAGUCUGUAAUACUACUGUUCAUCUUACUGCGAUUAAUAUUAAGUCUUGUAAUUCUGAUCCUACUGAGUCGAGUAUUCAUAAAGAUCAUUUAUCCUUAUCAACGAUUGCAAUAGACAGUGUAGAGUCAUAUAGCAGUUCGGAGUUAAAUAAAACUCAGAAUCCUUGUGAGACAACGGUUUCUAAUCAAUCCGUUUGUCAGAAUUCUCAUGUUAUUGUAUCAGAUAUGGUUUUUCCUAAUGAUUUACUUAUUUCUGAUGAAAUUUCUUACAAAUCUGAAGAAAAUAUGUUGAGUGAACAUAAUUAUGAUCGAAAACCUGAUGUAAUUUUAAUGUAUACUGAUUUUUAUAACGAUCCAUCACUCUCUAACGACAUUCUCAAUAAAGUUGAGGAAACUAUUUCAGAAGAUUCAAAGCUUGAUGUCAUAGCAAAUAUUAUUUGUCCCCAUAAUUCAUUUGUUUCUUGUGGGAAGCUUGUUCAAUGCGAAGCACAAGUACUAAAUGACCUCGAUUUUGAUUACAAUUCGGAUGAUUUCAUAUCAACUGCUGUUUAUCCUUAUCACAAAAACACUUCUAAUGUUUACUCUAACCAAUGUGCGAAAUAUAUUUUAAAUGAAGCCACAUCAUUCAUAACUUGAGUAUAUAAAUAUCCAACAUUAUUUCGUGGGGGAGGAUAGUUUUAAAAAAUCUAUUAAUGAUUUCAUUACAAAAUCUACAUGCUGAUUGUAUACAAUCCCAGGACCCAGGUGAGUCUUUUCCAAUUUCGGUUGUUAAUUCCAAUACUAAUGAGCACGUUCUAGAUAAUAUAGAGUUUUUAUCCAAUACAAUGUUGGACAGACACAGGAUGAACUUGAGAAGAAGAUGUACAAUCAAUUACAGACACCUAGACACCAAUUUGAGCUGCGGCGGAUGUGGUGUUUGAAUGGAGUAAUGAUACCAUUGUACUUGUUGAAUGCUCGAUUUCGAAUUCCAAAUACAAUACAUUCGUUUGUGCUUAUGUCGUAAU